AUGUUGAUGUUUGUUCAUUCUCCAGGUUGCACACUGAAUCAACAGACAGUGGAUGUGACUGGAAACGUGGGACAGUCUGUCCUUCUGCCCUGCUCCUGCUCUGAACUACAAGCCAAACCACACACUUUCAGAUGGAUCUUUUAUAAAGGAUCAGAUCACACAAAGAUCUUCCCAAAGGACCAGACAAAUCGCUACACAGACAGAGUUCAGCUCUUUAAUGAUCAUCCUCCAGGAAAUCUCUCUCUACUCAUAUCACCCCUGACUGUAGAGGAUGGAGGAUGGUACAGGUGUGAGAUCAACAACAGAAUCAGUAAAGACAUUCGACUCACAGUGAAAGGUGCACCAACAAGACCUUCAUCAUCCACACCAGUGAUCACAACAACUUCACCUCCUUCCAGUCCAGACACCACCAUCAACAUCUGUACUGCUGUUGGGGUUCUGCUGCUGCUGAUACUCGGAGGAGUCAUCUACUGGAAACACAGAGGACAGAGACGAGGACAGACAGAGAAUGAUGAUGGACAAACAGGACAGCAGAAGAAGCAGAAUGAUUCUGAUGUUCUGUACACCGCCAUAAAUCCACAAACUAUACACAACAAAGCAGAAGAAAAGGAUGAUGUGACGUACUCGACUGUAGUCCACAGUAACACUGUGAGAGCAGCACACACUCCAAUGGCAUCAGGAGAUACUACAGUAUACGCCAACAUCAAAACUAACUAAUACACACACACACACACACACACACACACAUGCACACAAAUUUUUUUUUGAAGAUUUUGCUUUAUUUUAAAUUGUCUCUGGCAUUAAAACAAAAAAUAAUUUUAAUUUACUAUAUUUGUAGAUUUGUUUUAUUUUUUAUUUUUUGCUUUUAGAUCAGCUUUAAACAUUUUUAUUGCACUUUUUACAUGUUCCAUUAUUUUUAGCUCUAUUAAAGCAGUGGUUUGAUCCACAUAUAUAACUUGAAGCUCUCUGCUGAAACUGUCUUUAGAUCAUGUCGUGUCUUUUAGGAAAUAAUUUAGAGCUGAAGAAACUUUGUCUCCGCCCACGCUGAGGUGAUUUCUGGGCCGUAAAAACAGAAACCUACAAAAAAUGAAACUAUAAAGAUCUAAUGUUUAUAAGACAUUUGUGAAAUAAUAGAAAUCCUUUAGGUCUGUACACACCUGUAAAAAUGACAAAAGCUCACAGCUUUAAAUAUAACAGACUUCAUAUUUUAUUUGU